AUGGCUAGCAUGAAGCUUUUGUUAUUCUUUGUCCUGAUUUUGCUUUUCUUUUCGAUGUUCGACACUCGUUCGAUUGAUCGGAUUUCUCACGGGAGAGAUCGUUCAAUGAUAGAGAGUGCCAAAGAAAUGUUGAAGGAAAGUAUAGUAAGGCAAGAGAUAAUUGGAGGUUUUAAUGAGUCUUUCAGACUUAGUCCUGGCGGUCCUGAUCCGCAUCAUCACUAA